AUGCCGCAAACAGGGUCUACUGGCUUCAGUUUACUUAUAUGGAUCUCUACAGGAUUUAUUUCUUUGACAGGAGGACUUUGUUAUGCCGAGCUAGGAUCCGCCAUCACUAAAUCUGGAGGAGAAUAUGCUUAUUUAGGACAGGCUUAUGGAAAUUUGGCCUCAUUUCUGUAUUCAUGGACACUCUUAGUUAUAAUAUUGCCCGCCUCCAUUUCAGUCACAGCACUGGCAUUUGGACAGUACACUCUCAAGUCAAUAUAUACUGGCUGUCAUCCUCCAAAGAAUAUACUUAUUAUUGUCUCCCUUAUGGCUAUAAGUAUAGGACUGAAUUGUGUAAGUGCCAGGGCAGCUUCGAUGCUUCAAAAUGUAUUUACUGCAGCUAAAGUCAUUUCUUUACUUAUAAUAAUAAGUAUGGGGAUUUAUGAACUGAUAAAAGGAAUAGAAUUGAAUUCCCUUAAUACAAUCAGUGAAGAAUUGAAAAAACCUAAAAGAGAUAUUCCAAUUGCAAUCGUCAGUUCUUUACUUUUAGUAACGUCUAUAUAUACAUUUGUCAAUUUCGUCUAUUUUAUAGUUAUUCCAAAAAAUAAAAUUUUACUUACUGACGCUAUUGGAUUAUACUUUAAUAGAAUAUUUUUUGUUGCAGGAAGAGAUGGAAAUCUUCCUAAAAUAUUCUCUCUAAUCACAAUAAAAUUCAAAACUCCUUUCAUGUCAAUAUUUUUCACUCUACUGUGUCUACUUUGUUUAUUUUAUAUUUUUGUGGGGAUUUUUCUUCUGAUAAGCUCUCUUUUUGCUGAUCCAGUUGGGUGUGGGCUAUCGCUACUAAUGAUUCUAGUUGGAAUUCCAACUUAUUAUAUUUUUGAGUUAUUUCCAACUCCAAUUUCCUGGGAUGCUCUGUUUCGAUGA